AGCCGGGGAUGGUUCUUCGUUUCUCUUUUCCCUUCCUCUCCUUCUUCUUCCUCUUGUGUAUGUGGAGGUGAUGAUGAACUGAAGCUGGUUUUUUUCUUCCUAUCAGUCCCAAAAUCAUCCUUCGUUUACAUCUCUUUCCCUUCUCGUUUAGAAGAGAGCUGCCAUGCAGGCCUUUGACAGCUAGGCUUCGCCAUAUGAACAAGCAGUGCUCAUGUUCAGGGCCUGGAUAACGUCGUGUGUCUCAUGCCUCUGGCCCCAGGCGGACCAAGAGAGCAAAGGAUCCCAGGCACGACAGCAUAUAGGAGUAGAGCGAGAAAUGGAAAUAUGCCAUAGUCAACCACACCUCGUUCCACCUAUGAAGCUGGUCUUCUACGGUGACUUACCAAGUCCAGGAGGUCACAAUCAAUCACGGUCAACUCCAUCGUUAUUGCCUCCAUGGGUACAAGAAACCAGGAACUUGGCUAGCAGGGCGUCGCAAAGUGCUAGUGUUCUCCUUACACGAAAGAAGACACAAUCCCGACCCAUCAUCGGUGCACCAACAGACUUUCGACGAGUCGAACCUCUCCCUCGUCGCCGAGCGUCUUUCCGACCUUUGGAACUUAGUAUCUAUUUACCUGGAAACAGACUGUCUGACCUUCCAGAAUUCGGUCGUUUCGAUCUCGAUACCCCCGGUCAGCCCUCCCCACCCGCAAAGGCGCUCAUGUCGCCAUUCGAUUCGUCGGGCCAUAUCCGAAGAGACUCUGGUCCAUUCCAGUUCUCUCGCAAGCCAGUUGGAUCUGCACCAUCUCGAAGAGGAUCUUUUGCAACUGUAGACUUGCAACUACAACAGGCAAAAACUCAGAUGCAAGCACGACAAAGCAUGGAUGGAAUCCUGGCAAGCCCACUGAUCCCUCAUUUCUCAAUGAUCAAUACCUUGGAUCGACAUCCUCUUAGCCUUCCUCCUCAAAUUAGUCAUUCUCACACCGACUGUGAUGUUAUCCUAACGGAUAGGCCAUUAUCGUCUAAAUCAGACGUGGCCCCUAUGACACGACGCUCUCUUGAUCACCGUCGAGCAAGCUCAUACAUAACCGGAAAAAGGCAACCAGGUCAAACACAACCCCUCCCCCCUCUUCCUCGUCCUUCUUCCCGCAACAACAACACCACCACUGCAAAUCACCACAGUGCAAAAUCCUCUUCAACCUUCCAAAGUCACAGCCGUAUGCGCACAACCAGCAAUUCAACUGCUUCCUCUCGCACUCCUUCAUUGUCGAGCGCCAUUACAGCUGCUACGACUAUCUACCCAUCUGAAAAGGAACUUGAGGCCCCAUUCACUACUGCUCUUCCCAUGAUUCCAGCCAGUGUAAAGAAUAGCGUUGUCGUGGAAGAGCCCCUCGUCCUCGAGGAUCAGGACAGUCUCUCACCAAGACGAGGUGGAUAUGAGUUUGAUCAAAGAUUUCCCUUGAGCCCAGUUGGAGUUGCAUUCUGAAAGGAUACCAUGUCCCCAAACACUUUCUUUUCAUUUUUUGUGAUACCCUUUGUUCCUUGCAUGGUUUGUUGGAAUACCAUCUGGUUUUUAUUGUAUCUAGUACUAGACUAUCGUAGUAAUACUAUUAAUCGAUUUAUUUGACAUUCGU